ACGAAAUUUCCACAUCGUGAAAUAUGGCGUUAGAUUUCGCCUCCACGUACAAAGUACUCGUUUUAGGCGAUUCAAACGUUGGUAAAACCUGUAUCGUUCAUCGUUUCUGCGACGAGCGUUAUUACGACACUUACAUUUCAACAAUAGGCAUAGAUUUCAAACAAAAAAUAAUUAAUUUGGAUGGGGUUCCUAUUAAGUUACAAAUAUGGGAUACUGCUGGCCAAGAAAGAUUUCGUACAUUAACAACGGCUUAUUAUCGUGGGGCGAUGGGGAUUUUAUUGAUGUAUGAUGUGACUAAUUUAGAAUCAUUCAAUCACAUCACUUAUUGGCUACAAAAUAUCGAAGAAAACGCCUCCCCCCACGUUGUAACCGUUUUAGCGGGGAAUAAAUGCGAAUCUUCCGAUAGAGUCGUCGACUCGGAUAGUGGACAAAAGAUGGCUGAAAAUUUUGAAUUACCUUUCUUUGAAGUUUCUUGCAAAAACAACAUAAACAUCGAAGAUGCUUUUAUAACGCUAGCAAGGAAAAUACGGGAAUUACGCGAAAAUAAAGGCGAUCCUUUCCAAGAAUUACCACGAAACGAUUCAAAGCUUUUAAAACCAAAACCAGAUCAAAUACGCAAUUGUUCUUCAUGUUAGAUCGAAACAACUUAGUCAAAUUAACUAUUAUUAAUGUAUAUAUAAACAAUACUUUAUGCGGGCACGAAAUACGUCUCAAUGAUCACCAAUAAAAUAUAAAAACUUAAAACAAAAUACAGUAAAAUCUUGAUCUUGCAUUCUGCCUAUGGGGCUUUACACUGGGAAUUUCAUAUAACUCGCAAUAUAUAUAUAUACCAUAGUUACGAAAUUACUAUGCACUUGCACUGUCCCA